AAACGGCCUUGAACAUAACCUCAUAUAACCUAUUAAAAAGUCGUUACAAAAAUAUAUAUUUUUAUUUUUUAUUAUUAAAAUUAUGAGUGAACCAAAGAAAAAAAGCUAUACUGACGAAGAGAGGUUGCAAUUGGCUGCGAAGUUGGAUAAAGAGUUAGAUAAUUUUAUCAAUAGUCUUGAAAAGAAGCAAUACACUGAGGGAUGGCCAGAAGACCGGUGGCAAGAAGAAAUGGAGAAACAUCCUUUUUUUAUGACAAAGACUCCAGAACCUGGAGAAGAGCUUCAUCCCUUAUUAGAAGGGAUUCAGCAAUUAAAGUACGACCCUGAUGAGAAUACACCUGAAGACUUGGCCAGAUCUUACAAAGAAGAUGGAAAUUUCUAUUUCAAAAAUAAAAAUUAUAGAAUGGCAUUUUACUCUUAUACAGAAGGAAUAAAAACAAAUUGUGAGGAUUCAGAAAUCCUUGCUUCCUUGUACAAUAAUAGAUCAGCAGCCAGUUAUUUCCUUAAGAAUUAUAGGUCUUGUUUAAAUGACUGUAAAUUAGCCUUAAAGUUGAAACCCAAUUAUGACAAAGUAAUUACCAGAGCAGCUCAUUCUUGUCUUGAAUUAAAAAAGUUUGAUGAAUGCCUUAAGUAUUGUGACUCACUGUUAGAAAAGAAAACAGAUUGUAAAGAAAUUUUAAAUUUGAGGCAAAAAUGUUUACUGUCAUUAAAAGAGAAUGCCAGGGACUCCAGGAAAAAGGAGAUGCAAGAAAAGAAAAAUCAGGAAUUGGAAGAAAAACUUGUACAGGCAAUUACAUCAAAAGGAAUCAAUGUUGAAGGGGGAAAAGGAGGAUUAAGUUUGGCCAGUCUUGAGCCCCAUUUCCCAGAAAUAAUGAACAAUAGAGUUUUUUUGGAUGCAGAUAAUAAAUUAAUUUGGCCAGUCAUUAUUAUGUAUCCAGAGUAUCAAAUAAUGGAUUUUAUUCAACAGUUUCAUGAAGAUCACACAUUUUCUGACCACAUUUCAGAAGUUUUAAAAGAACCUCCUGCCUGGGAUACUUUAAAAACUUACAGACCAGACAAUGUUAAUUUGUAUUUUGAGAAUGCUACAAUAAGAAAAAUAUUCAAAGUUGACUUAAGUAAUUCAUUAGGAAACGUUUUAAAGCUCAAAGAGUUUCUUUUACGUGGUGGGACUCCUUCUUUUUUGUGUUUUGUUAAAAACAGUCCAACUGAGCAAAAUUUCCUAAAACAAUAUUAAUAAGUCUACUUUUUAUUAUAUGUAAGUAAGUUUGCAUUGCAUAAGUAGU